AUGCCGCAGCACCGCGCGCCGCGCUCCCCUGCAGACGAGCGCCCCUGCGCGUCGCGUCCAGCCAUGAGCCCACCCGCGCCCGUCGCCUCCGUCGGCGCCAGCUCGCCGCGCCCAGAUCGGCGCCUCCGCGAGCCACGCGCGCCCGACGACGCCAGCUCGCCGCGCCCAUCCGCGCCUCCACGAGCCACGCCCGCGCCCGUCGCCGCGCACCUCCGCGAGUUCGCACCCGCCCGCGCGCCUCCGUUAGCUCGCCGCGCCGUCCCCAACACUCUCUGCAGGCACGAGCGCCCCGCACCGCCCGAGCUGCACGAGAGGGUGAAAACUGAGAGGCCCGCCGCCGCCGAUGCCGCGCGGGCUUUGCCCAGCGGCGCUUGCCGGCGGUGGCGAGGGAGGAAGGCGGGGGAGGUGGCGUUCGGGGGCGGUUAG